AUGGACACGGUUUCGGUAGAUGGGCGUCGUAGGAAAAGUCACUGUCGUGAUAUAGCAAGAGGGAGAUCAGUGGAAGAGGAGCUCGAAGGCUUUUUGAGAGUGUACAACGACGGUUCUGUUGAGAGAUUCUCCUACGCUGUGUCGAAUGUGGCGGCAUCGGAGGCGGCAGAAGAGCCCGUGGCUUCCAAGGACGUUGUAAUGGACUCGCGUACUGGUGUGUGGGCGCGCUUCUACCUUCCCAGAAAAGCAGUUUCGCGGGGAAGUAGGGUGCCUCUUGUAAUUUACUUCCACGGCGGCGGCUUUGUGCUGGGGUCCCCCGCAUGGUCUAUUUACCACGUAUUCAUGUGCAGAUUGGCUUCGGAAACAAAUUCUAUGAUAAUGUCGGUUGCCUACAGGCUGGCCCCCGAGCACCGUCUUCCUGUAGCGUAUGACGAUUGCUUCACCGCCGUCACGUGGCUCCGGCAACGACAUUCUCGUGAGUCCUGGUUAUCAUCGCACGCCGACUUCUCGCGCUGCUUUUUGGCCGGCGAUAGUGCGGGAGGUAACAUCGCUCAUCACGUGGCAUUGCGGUGUGCAGAGGUGGAUGUGAAACCGCUGGAGAUGAGAGGACUCAUUCUUCUUCAGCCCUUCUUCGGGGCAGAAAGUCCAUGUCAAUUGGAGACGCUGGUGGAGGACCCAAAUCUUUCGCAGCGGUGGGUGGAGGUGUUUUGGAAGCUGUCGUUGCCGGUGGGAGCGAAGAGAGACCAUCCUGCCUGUAAUCCGCUCUCUCAGCCGGUUGCUCGAUUUGAUUUGCCCCCCGUGGUGGUUUGCAUCUCGGAAAGAGACCUGCUGAAACAGAGGAACAUGGAUUAUUACCAUGCCCUCAAAGCAGCUGGGAAAAAUGUGAGUUGUGUUGUUUUCAAGGGCGUAGGUCACGCCUUCCAAGUGUUGAAUCCUGAUUCUCAGCAGAUCGCCGACUUGACAAAGCUCUUACUUCACUUCAUUAGCAGUCGGAACUCGGCCUAA